AUGGCUUGCAAAUUCUGUGGUCCGAAACUAUCUCUAUGUGGGCUCGUUUUGAGUGUCUGGGGAAUUAUUCAAUUGACCUUGAUGGGCGUUUUCUACUAUAUACGAGCUGUAGCUCUGCUUGAAGACAUUCCUCUCGGUGAGAAACACGGCAGCAUCGACGAAUUUGUUGCUGAAGUAGAACAUGGAUAUAAUCAGAAUGCCCUUAAUUGCUGGAUCGCCGCCCUGCUCUAUGUGAUCACAUUGGUAAUUUCUGGUCACCAAUUCUGGAUGAAUAAUCGCUCAUCAGUUAGCAUGUAA